AUGUCCGGCUCCCCGGGCACAGGGGGUUCGAACCCCAGGAAGUUCAGUGAAAAGAUUGCGCUGCAUAACCAGAAACAAGCAGAAGAGACGCGGGCCUUCGAACAGCUGAUGACGGAUCUCACUGUCUCAAGGGUACAAUUCCAGAAGAUCCAGCAGCUCCGUUUGUCUCAGCCACGACCACAAUAUUAUGGAGGCUCUUUGCCCAAUGUCAAUCAGAUUGGCAACACAAGCAUUGAAUUUCAGGGAGGCUUUCCAUCGGGAUUGGAUACUGUAAGAGGUAAUCGUCACCAUGGACUGGUCGAGAGGGUCCACAGGGAACGUAACCGGAUCAACUCUCCCCAUCGCAGACCCAUUGAUAAGCAUGGGCGGCAGCUAGAGAGUUCUCCAUAUGGAACAGUGUACCUCUCCCCACCUCCAGACAACAACUGGAGAAGGGAUCAGCCCCCGUGGAGUGAGGAAAAGCGGCCUGGGUAUAGAUUAAUAUCACAACUCAACAGAACCAACUCAGACUCUGCUCUUCAUACAAGUGCUAUGAAUCCAAACCCUCAGGACCCCUUCAGCGUGAACCAGCAGAUGAGUCGAGGUCCCCCACAGCGCAAUGGCUGGCAUGCAGCUAGUGUUAAUGAGGCAGAAGUGGAUCGGUCUGGAGACGUCUUUUCUUUCCCUACCCUACCUAAUGAGGAAGGUCUCAUAGGCGUCAGUAAGCCCCUCCCCAAGCAGCUGUGGGAAGCCAAAAAGGCCCAGUCUCUUGCAUCGAGGCCAAAAUCAUGUGAAGUGCCUGGCAUCAAUGUUUUUCCAUCACCGGAGCAAAACCCUGGUCUCUCCCAUUAUCAGGGCUCAUUAAAUACAGGAGGCUCCCUACCCGAUCUCAGCAACCUUCACUUCCCGUCCCCUCUCUCAACUCCAUUGGACCCCGAGGACAAUGGAGGAUACCCCAAUCUCAGCGGAGGUAGCAGCACUGGAAAUUUGCCAGCUGCUAUGAUGCACCUUGGCAUUAGCAAUUCACAGGGCCUUUCCUCUUCUUUGAGUAAUCCCACAAUACAAGCAUCCCUCAACAACUGCCAGCUACAGUCUUCGCUUAGCAAUCCCUCCAUAAAUUCUUCUCUGCGUCUUUCUGGAAACUCCCCUCGGCGAAGACCAGCACCCAUUAGCCCUCUUACCCUUUCUCCUGGUGCUGAGCAGCGCCGGGGUCUCUCCAAGCAGCUGUCUCCCACCAUGUCCCCAUCAUUGUCCCCCAUCACACAGGGAGUUGCUUUAGAUACCAGCAACAUGCCAAGGGAGCCACCUCCUCCCUAUCCACUUUACCAGCAAUCACAACAUGCAGUGGACCAGGCACGUCAGUGCCAGCAGCAGCACCAGCAUCAACAUCAGUCUGUUCCCCCUCUGCAAAGCAUUACACUGGACUUUAACCCAAACCAACACAACAAUAUGGCAGCCCUCUUCAGUGACUCAUUUAUGGAGCAGCAGUAUUCGGGUCGUCACAACAAAACCUUCCCUUACCAGUUGGACCAGUUCAGUCUGUUGGAAAAUGCCAUGAGCUCCACAGCAGGUGGGCCUUGCCUCGACCCCUCCUCGUCUUCUCUCUACUCCUCCCAGGCAGCCGUCACGGGGCUGGGUGGGAGCCAUGGCAACCUGCAUGACCCCAUGCACAUGGCUUCAAAUAUGCUGUACUCCAACUGCAGUGGAGGGUUGCCCAACAUCAUACUUACUGAUGAGUCCAAUCCCAGUCUUUCAAAGGACAUCAGUAGCGUUCUGUCGACGGUGCCAGAGUGUUUCGACUCGGAAGGAGGCUUCCCGCUGGAAGACGAGCUGCACAUCGAGCCCCUCAGUCUGGAUGGUCUGAGCAUGCUGAGUGAUCCCGACAUGGUGCUGCCAGACCCGUCUGUAGAAGACACGUUCCGCAGUGACAGACUCUGA